UCUUAAUGGUAAAUUAACGCUAAAAGCUUUUGAAUAUAUUUAUAUUGGUUGCACAGACUUUGGUUGAGGGAAAGAAUUAAAUUCCUAUAGCAUGUUAUUGUUUAUUUGUAUACGUCCCUUCGCUUUCCUUUCAUGUUCUGGCUCACAAAAAAGGUUAUUUCCGUCCUAAAUACUUUGUAGUUUAAUUCCCCAUUCGUUCUUUCGCUGGAACUAGUAUGAUUUACACACAAAUAUUACCUUAUAUACCUUAUAUACAUAUCAUUAAAAAACGGUCGGAAAUCGAGUUCAUGUUGUUUUUCUACUGGCAAAAGAAAACACUACGGGGACACCCACACAAGAAGACAUAAUCAUUUAUAUUCUAUCGUAUAUACAGUUUGAUUACGACUCAAUAGGAUUCGGAACACUCGAAAUCCAUCUUGUCACAUUUUGUACGCCAAAAAUAUAAUAAUCUUGUUAGCUAGCCAUGGUGUAUAUAUAUAGAUCUCAUAAAUUAAAAACCAUUUCCUUCUAUAUUCACUAUAUAUACAGUUGCUUGGAGGAAUGUGGAUAAGGCGCGCGCGCAAAUAUCUAUAUAUUAAUGACGUCACACAAUGAAACGUCAUUAGGUUAAUAAUCUAAUUACAGAAUGAGACGGUUUUGCUCUCGGAUUCGGAACAUUUUCCACGAGAAGCAAUUAAGAAUUUAGGAACCAUGUGAAGAUCAAGUCUUUCCUUUUCUAGCGGAUUCUGCGCUUGGUUUUCUUGGUUAGUGAAGAUCACAAGGCUCCCUAAGGAGAAAUUCAUUCUAUUUCACUGACAGCAUGAGAAUGAUAAUUCAUAAAAUGCAGCAACGCUUUUGAAGAAAUUGGUUUCUUCGAUGGAAAACAACAAUACAAAUGAGAUGCAUGACGAAAUGACGAGCACGGAAGAAGAGAAUUUAUCUGACGUCUGCAUUGUGAUCAGUAAAGACCAAGAAUAUCAAGGAAAAGAAAUAUCGCAGAGUGUUGACAAUGAUGCAGAGAACGAGAAAAAUGUUGAUUGUUCUACUGAGAAAGAUACCGGCAAGACAGCGCCACCGAUUGAGCCGGUUUUUCAUGUUAUAAACAUUGAUGACACAGACGAGAUGGAAGAAAUUGAUGACAAUCAAAACAUCGACAAAGCAGAGAUUAUUAGUGAGCUUGUAUAUAAGGAAACGAACCCAGAAAUUGAGCCCUUAACGAAAACAAAAAUUGAAAGAACUAAAUACACUCCACGGCCUAAAAGAUCACUCAGUGUGCGAGAUCAUUUUCGCAGGAACAAAGAAGAAAUCAAGCUUAGUAGUGGUCUUUCAGCUAGCGCGCCGCAUUUGACUACAGUUGAAUCGGCAGUUGCUACCACCAUCAACUCCAUGUUGCGCCACAUGCUACGACCAAUGGAAAACAAGAUGAAUAUGAAAGUGUUUGGCAGUAAGCGAGCAAUGAAAGAUGAACAAGCUAGAUAUAAUAAAGUGGGAUUCGUUAUUCACCCUACCAGCCCCUUCAGGUUAUGCUGGGAUAUAUGGAUAUUACUGUUAUUAAUGAUCAAUAUUGUCGUUCUUCCUGUGACGAUAUCGUUUUUCGGUGAUGGUGUGAGCAUAUCUUGGAAGAUAUUUUAUAUCAUAUCUGAUGUCGCAUUUCUGGUGGAUAUACUGCUCAAUUUCAGAACAGGUUAUUUAGUACAUGAUAGUCCAAAUAAGUUUGUUCUGGAGCCAAAGUUAAUUGCCAAGAGGUACCUUAAAACAUGGUUUACAAUAGACUUUGUAUCUUCAUUGCCUUUUGAUCAAAUCGUUGAAGCUGCCAGUCAGCAGGCGACCGGUUUACUCGGUGCUUCGCGUGUCCUGCGUAUUCUACGUCUUGUUAAACUACUCAGUUUAUUAAAACUAUUGAGAUUAUCACGACUUGUCCGAUACGUCCACCAGUAUGAAGAGCUUUUGAAUAUCACUAGAUCAGUGAUGCGAUUUAUCAAUCUUAUAAGUAUCAUCUUACUGGUUGCUCACUGGAAUGGUUGCCUGCAGUUCUUAGUGCCUUAUCUAGAGGACUUUCCUAACAAUUCCUGGGUAUCUUUACACAACUUGAAGAAUGCUUCGUUGGGUGAGCAGUAUUGUUGGUCAUUGUUCAAAGCUUUAUCACAUAUGUUGUGCAUUGGAUAUGGUAGACAUCCACCCCAAAACAUCCCUGAAGCAUGUGUAACAAUCUUCAGCAUGAUGACUGGUGCAACGUUUUAUGCACUGUUUAUUGCGAUUUGUAUCAGUGUWAUACAACARAUGGACUCUCCAUCCAGACAAUAUAAGGAAAAGAUCCAGCAAGUAGAAGAAUAUAUGACAUACCGAAAACUUCCCGCGCCAUUACGAGAAAGGUUUCUAAAGUACUACGAACACAGAUUUCAAGGCAAGAUGUUUGAUGAGGAGAAGAUUUUGGGCGAAGUAUCAMGACCUUUGCGAGAGAAAGUCGUCAACUACAACUGUCGCGAGCUUGUACGAGCUGUUCCAUUCUUCACCGAUGCUGACGCUGAUUUUGUUUCUGCAAUCAUUACUCACCUAAAGUUUGAAGUAUAUCUUGUUGGUGACGAAAUUAUCCGUGAAGGCGAGCUUGGCACCGAGAUGUAUUUCUUGAAAGAAGGCGUCGUUGAAGUCACAAUCGAAGGCAAGAAAGUUAACGAGCUUUCCGAGGGUGCAUAUUUCGGAGAAAUCUGCCUUCUGACUAACGCCAGGCGAACAGCAAGCGUGUCAGCUGUGACGAUAUGUGAUGUAUUUGUGCUACACGCGGAAGAUUUCCGAGAUGUUGUCGACGAGUUUCCUGCUAUAAGAACAAUGCUGGAAAAAAGAGCUGAACAACGCAUGUACAAACUAGGAAAACGCGUGGACUUGUCUUCUUUGAACAUUYCAUCUAGUAUACCACCAAGUCCGUUACCUCAAGUGAAACUAAAAUCAUGUCAGUGCAAUUCUACAAGUCUUUCCCCCUCUUAGUACCAACAUGCUGCAGUCUCAUGAUUCUCUGGCAGUAUUUCUCUUUAUAAUAUCAUAUUUGUUGUAUAAAAAAUCAAGCAUCCUGUUKUCGGUGUUUUCUUUGUUAUAUUAUCGCCAAGAGACGGCGGUGUUGUUUCCAAUCAAUUACAUUGUGAAUAUUUUAUAGAACAAUAUCAAAUAAAAAGAAAUGUUUUUAAGAAAAUAAAAGGGAUAUAUGACAAAGAUUAAGUUUUUUCCUGAGUAUUGAAUUAAGACAAUUAAUGUACUAGAAAUUCCCGUACAGGACGG